UUCACAGGUUGCCAUAUCUUUCGAAACCAAUUACUCCGAUGUCCCAGUUCAGUUAUGGACCACCAGCAUUUCGCUGUGCCAUCGGGCAUCCCCAGAACUCGGCAGAGCAUAUGACAGCCUGUAAUACUAAUAUGCUGUUGCCAUAUCUUUCGAAACCAAUGACUCCGAUGUCCCAGUUCAGUUAUGGACCACCAGUAUUUUGCUGUGCCAUCGGGCAUCCCCAGAACUCGGCAGAGCAUAUGACAGACUGUAAUACUAAUAUGCUCAAUACAUGGAAUGCAGAUUGCUUGAAAUAUUGCCAGACUCAUUUUAAGUUCGAAGAAAGUCGAAAAAAUCCGGAUGGCACAGAGAACAGUACGAACAUGGAAUACGAUGGACCUGCCUUCGGAAUGCCGCCUAUCAUACCAAGAUAUUGACAAAGAGAAUACGUUUUUGUGGAUUUGUGCAAAUACAAAAAAAGAGACCUGCAGCCAUGGAUUUCACCUACCCUAACCAAACAUUUUCAUAAACUAUAGUUUUUUUAAGUACCAGUAUCAUAGUGUGUACUACAGCAACUACAACUAUGAAACAUUUUAGUAAAAGCAAAAAAAAUUGUUUCUCUACUGUUUUUCUACUGUGAAAAUAUAAACGGAAGGUCUCUUUG